CCACACCCGUUCCUUCUGCAGCGUCGCCUGAAGCCCCGCUGUCGCGCUUCUCGCCUCACUUCCGCCUGCGUCGCCCGUUCUGUCUUGCCCUUCGCGGCUGCCGCUGCCCGAGCUCGGCCACUCGCCGGCCACCUCGCGCCGCGCCUUGGCAUGUCUGCCAACGACGAGGCGGCACAGCCGAUCGAUGUUCGGGCACGGAUCGCUGCCUUUGGCGGCGGUGUGCUCAGUGCGCCAGCUGCACGGCCACCGCCGCCUGCUGCCCGGCAGGGCGGGGGCAAGGCGGCGCCCCCUCAUGACGAGAUCGCGCGCACAGCAUCGCUACCGUGGGCUCGCGCCGGCCCGUCCUCGGCAGGCGUGUCCGAGUUCGGCGUGCCGACCUCUGCCGCGGCGGCGAAGGACCGACCCUCGACUCUUCCGUAUGCACCUUACGCGCCUUACCUCGGCAACGGGCGCAGCAGCUCGGCCGCGAGCCAGUCAUCUUCCUCUCUUCUGAGUGUCGGAUCACGCUCGCAGCUGCGCAAAAGCGAGAGCGGCGCGAGUCUCAACGAGCUGAGUGCUGCAGCCGCUGCGAGGGGCCAGGCGACCCGCAGUCGCAGCAGCAGCACUGCGUCUAGCACGUCUGUAGGCCCAGCACGCAGUGCAACAAGCAGUCCAAGGCUGGGCGUCAAGAGCAUCAUCGCUCUGUACGGCGCUCCGCCAGAUCGGCGCGGCAGCGCAGAGAGCUCCUUGUCGCUCGCACCGUCGCCCCGUGCCACGACCCCUGCUGCAGGUAGCUCUUCGUCACACACGAGAGACGCUCGCGUCGACGCAGCUUCCUCCCGGGCAGGCUUCAGCGCCGACGCCACAUCAAGCUUCGCGCGCGACCCGGGCACGGCCGUCUCUCUCAAGGCAGACGACGCACUGCAGCCCAGCUCUGCUCCGGCCCAUCUCCUGACAGGCCCAUUCACAAAGUCUGCAUCGCAGUCUCUUGCGCCGCCUCGUCCCCAGCGUCCGAGCGAGGGCAGGUCGCCGAAGAGCCUCGCAGACGCAUUCUCGCCCACGGCAGCGCAGGCAGGGCAGUCGCACCUGCCCGCCCGGUCGCAGCAUGGCGCGGCGGUGAGUGUCGAUUCUGCGAGGCUUCCAUCGAUGGCAAAUGCGCCUCCCUCGCUGCCGCCGCGCAAGCCGACGCAAGACGAUGACGACAGACGUGACCGGGAGCAAAAGCCGCGCCGGGCUCCUGCCCUGCCCAGUCGCAGUCAGUCCGAUCCGUCUGAAGCGCAGGACGCGCCUGUCGUCUCGCCUUACAAGGUCAGAGCGCCUGCGCCGUCGUCUCGUCUGCGCGGCAUGUCGGGCACCAGGCCCGCAGCUGCGUCGGCCGAGACAGGUGGCGCGUCCUUGCAGUCACACUCUUCGCCUCCGCCCGCGCCGCCAAGGCCGGCUGGCAUGGGUGUUGCAGCCCGGCAGCGCUCUCACUCGCGCCUCUCCGAUUCGAACCUGCACGCCACGAGCGAACGCAGUGCGGCGGCAUCCCGUGCUACAGGGAUGCGGAGUGCCGAGGAGCCAGACACGGGCCUCAUCGUGCCGCCGCCACAGGCUUCCGGCGCUGCGAGCCCCAUGUCGCCAGGCAGAGCCAACAUUCCGCCUCCUCGGCGGGUCCGAGAGCGGUCCUCAGGCGCCAUAGCUUCCGCACGUGCCCAGUCUCCGCAACGCAGCGUCCCGCCCACGUCGACGAGCAGCACGGUCCCUCCUCCGCGACACUUCGAGACUGCGUCCCGCGUCGCAGCUGUCCGUUCUGCGCUCAAUCCGCACGGCGUGGGGCCAAAGUCCUGUGCGCCAGAGCCAGGCGCCCGCAAGCGCUACGAAGCAUUGUACGACAACGAGGUGCGCCGGGACGCAUCGCGCAAAGCGCGAGCUCGAGACGGGCCACGCGGCACCGCACCGCCCGCCUCGAUGAUGAAUGACGGAAUCGGCGCCGGUGCAGCCCAGGCCAGGCUCGGCGCACGGAGGGUCGCGAGACUGUGGCGGCGCUCCCGUCUUCCAUUGGCAUUCCUCUCGCAGGUGUGGGACGCUGCUGUCUCGUCCGCGCACGAGCAAUAUCUCGACCGAGAGUCCUUCGUCCGCGCCAUGGCUGCCAUCGACCUGGAGCUCAGCCGCAGGCGGCGCUCGGUGGCUUAGCGCUGUGAGCCACAAACCGGGCCUCAAGACAGAGCAAUCCAUCAAUUGGCGAGGACGGCAUUGCCCAGGCGCGCAGUCAGCACUGCAGUCGCGAGCGAGGAGAUGAGGUUGACCUGCUCGGCGGAGGGGUCAGCUAGGCGCCUCGUCCGAUGCUUCCGCAGGCGCUCCUCACGGCGCUGUUGCUGCACACGUCGUAUCCUGUGACCACGCGCCACUCGCUGCUCGGCGGCGGAGGGCGCCGCCCGACCAGGACUUGCCGCCGCGUCUCGCUGUACCACGUUCUCUGCAGUGUGGCGCCGAGCAGCGAGUCGAUCUAUCGUGGACGUCAGCGCGUCGUCA